AUGCAUAUACCAUUCAUUGUCAAGCAACUAGGUCCACUUCGAUGCUACUCCACUCGAUCAAUAGAGAGAGUAAUUGGUGUCUUUUCCAAGCUAAUCAAGUCUAAGUGCAAGGGCUGCUGUAAUGCCAGUUUUCUUGUGGAGCGAUUUACAUUGCAUAACUAUAUCAACACGGCCAUCAGUAUCCAGAACGAAAUUGAUCUUAUUCAGCCCAAGCCGUAUGGUAGAGAAAGUUAUAUGGAUCUUCCUAAUGAUUUUAGUGGUGCGCAGUUGUGGGAGCCAUUUCAUCGAUUUGCUCAUUUGAAUGAUGAUUUGGUGGAAGGUGUAAGCAGCCCUAGUGUGAAGGAUGCCUUAACUAGAUACUAUCAACGAACUUCAGGUUUGAUGAUUUCCAACAUUGGUGAUUUUACGAUUGUUGUUGCUGGUCGUUUAUGGAUGAAUUCGACCAUGUAUUCAUCUUGCAUAUAUCAACAAAGAAGAAAUGAAAGAAGCCGUGGUAAUCAUUACGUGAUGUUUACCUGUCUUUACAGAAACAACCGUAAUAUAAUUGUUUACAGCUGGCUCGUUGGUGUGGUGAUAUUCUUUUUCCAGCAUGAGUAUUCACUUGGCUCUCUUCAUUUCCUUGCUUUUGUUGAAGUAAUGAAGGAACAUGAUGCGGCUGCCCACGACUCAUCUGUACCAAUCGUCAAACAGCAGUCACAAAACAGCUCAACAGGUCGCCAAACACAACCUACAUAUGCAGUAAUAAGUGUCAAUGAUAUUUGUCAUCAAGUUGGCCUUAUACAAUACCCACCAAAUGGAAAUCAGUUCUAUAUAAUUUCAUCUUAUUAUGUUUUCAACAAUAAUAUGCGCAUUACAAAGGGCAACCUUUCUAUUUUAUAA